CCUUUGUGUUAACCUUUUGCCUGCUGCUUUUUGCUAAAAUGAGCGCCCGCCCUUUCUCCACUCCCAUCGACCGGGAGCGGCGAGUCCGGAGCACCCUGAAGAAAGUCUUUGGGUUUGAUUCUUUUAAAACACCUUUACAGGAGAGUGCGACCAUGGCUGUAGUGAAAGGUGACAAGGAUGUUUUUGUGUGCAUGCCCACAGGGGCAGGGAAAUCUUUGUGCUAUCAGCUCCCUGCCCUGUUGGCCAAGGGGAUCACCAUUGUGAUCUCUCCUCUCAUUGCUUUGAUUCAGGACCAGGUGGACCAUUUGCUAGCCUUGAAGGUACAAGUUAGUUCCCUGAACUCAAAGCUCUCCGUACAAGAGAGGAAGGAGCUGCUGUGCGACCUAGAGCGAGACAAACCUCGGACCAAACUUUUGUACAUCACCCCAGAGAUGGCAGCUUCAGCCUCCUUCCAGCCCACCCUGAAUUCCCUCAUGUCCCGAAACCUGCUCUCCUACUUGGUGGUGGAUGAAGCUCAUUGCGUUUCCCAGUGGGGACAUGACUUUCGUCCUGACUAUUUGCGUCUUGGUGCCCUACGUGCCCGCCUGACACAUGCCCCAUGUGUGGCUCUGACCGCUACGGCCACCCCACAGGUUCAAGAGGAUGUGUUUGCUGCCCUACACUUGAAGCAGCCGGUGGCCUCUUUCAAGACUCCCUGCUUCCGGCCCAACCUCUUCUAUGAUGUGCAGUUCAAGGAACUGAUUCCUGACCUCUACGGCAAUCUGAGGGACUUCUGCCUUAAGGCACUUGGACAGAAGGCUGACAAAGGGGUAUCUGGCUGUGGCAUUGUCUACUGCAGGACCAGAGAGGCCUGUGAGCAACUGGCCAUAGAGCUCAGCAGCAGGGGUGUGGCCGCCAAGGCUUACCAUGCAGGCCUGAAGGCUUCUGAUAGAACACAGGUACAGAAUGAGUGGAUGGAGGAGAAGGUUCCUGUAAUUGUUGCAACCAUCAGUUUUGGGAUGGGAGUGGACAAAGCUAAUGUCCGAUUUGUUGCCCACUGGAAUAUUGCCAAGUCCAUGGCUGGCUACUACCAGGAGUCUGGCCGUGCUGGCAGGGAUGGGAAACCAUCUUGGUGCCGUCUCUAUUACUCUAGGAAUGACCGAGACCAAGUCAGCUUCCUCAUCAGGAAGGAAAUAGCCAAACUCCAGGAGAAGAGAGGGAGCAAAGCGUCAGAUAAAGCCACCCUGCUAGCCUUUGAUGCCCUGGUGACCUUCUGUGAAGAACUGGGGUGCCGCCAUGCUGCCAUUGCUAAGUACUUUGGGGAUGCACCACCCGCCUGCGCCAAAGCCUGUGACCACUGCCAGAGUCCUGCAGCCCUACGGACGAAGCUUGACGCCCUGGAGUGCAGCAGCCGCUGGAGCAAGACCUGCAUUGGGCCCUCCCAGGGGAAUGGCUACGACCCUGAGCUGUAUGAGGGAGGCCGCAGGGGCUAUGGGGGCUUCAGCAGGUAUGAUGAAGGCUCCGGAGGCAGCGGUGAUGAGAGCAGAGAUGAGGCCCGCAAACGGGAGUGGAAUCUUCUCUAUCAGAAACAGAUGAGCCUGCGCAAGGGCAAAGAACCCAAGAAAGAAGACUUCACACCCCCAGAUGAAGAUUGUCCCCUGAGAGAGGCUUCGAGCAGGAAGAUCCCCAAGCUCACAGUAAAGGCCCGUGAGCACUGCCUGCGGCUUCUGGAGGACGCUCUGAACAGUAAUCACCAGGCUGCGGGGUCCACUCAUGGAGCUGACCUGCAGGCCAAGGCUGUGGAACUGGAGCACGAGACAUUCCGAAAUGCCAAGAUGGUCAAUCUGUACAAGGCCAGUGUUCUGAAGAAGGUGGCUGAGAUCCACAAAGCCUCCAAGGAUGGGCAGCUCUACGACAUGGAAGGUGGCACCAAGAGUUGCAGUGCCGUGGCUGAGCGCUUGGAGCCCAAUGACUGUGACAUCCCACCGACCUCACAUGUGUUCUCGCUCAAACCCAAGAGAGUAGGAGCUGGCUUCCCCAAAGGCUCCUGCCCAUUCCAGCCAGCCACAGAGCUGUUGGGGAAGUCUCAGCCCGAGAAGCAAAGCCCCGAGACUGUGCUGGGGGGUGAGCUGGAGUCCCCCGGCUGGGGCUGGGACCUGCACGAUGAGCAGAAGAGCAAGCUCCGCCCUGGGUGCCAAGAAGAGGCUGCGGGAAGUCGUGUUAAUUGUGGGGAGCCCUCGCCUGAGAAGAGGACAAAAGGCUGUUCCCAGGGCAGUGCCAAGGCAAGACCCAGCAAGAAACAGCAGCUCUUAGCCGCAGCAGCCCUCAAGGAUUCCCAGAGCAUCACUCGGUUCCUCUACCCAAUGACAGAAAGCCAGCCUUCCCCUGUGUCAGCCCCACCCUCAGAAGAUGCCAGCCCCUCCUGUGCAGGGGUGCAGGAGACAUGCACAGGAGAAGCCGGAGCUGCGUUUCAGACUGAGUGUCCCAGGGAAGAGCCAAGCACGUGCUCACUCAGAGACCAGAGCUUCCCUGAAGAUCAGCCUAGCACUCUAAAGGAAAUCCAGGCAGGCAAGCGGCCCAGAGCCCAGCAGGGGAACUCAGAGAGGAGGGCUCAGAAGAGGCUCUGCCCCUCAACCAAGUCCUCCACCUUGGCCAGCGAUGGCAGCACUAAGAAUGAAGUGGCUCGAGAACCCUGCCAGCUCUCUGCUCCUGCCACCUCCCUGAAAGAGGCUGCAGACAUUGUGGUCAGGUACCUGACCCCCUUCUACAAGGAGGGCAGGUUUAUAUCCAAGGACUUGUUUAAAGGCUUUGCCCGCCACCUCUCACACUUGCUGGCUCAGACGCUCUCUCCUGGGAGGAGUGUGAAGGAAGAGGCCCAGAGUCUCAUCAAGCAGUUUUUCCAUGACCGUGCCCGCUGUGAGAGUGAAGCUGACUGGCAGGGCCUCUGUGGCCCACCCAGAUGACCCGCCGCUGGCUGAACAGGGUCAGCAUCUUCCCUACUCUGCCGUGGGCAGGCCCAUGCCAGAGGCACCAACUUUCUCAGGGUCCUCCCUCCUCCAACCAAACCUCACUUUGGAGGUGUCACUAGACACCUAAAUCAAGUGGAG